AUGGACACGUCGAACGCCGCGCGCGCGUCAAACCUGAAGUACGGCUUCCUGUCAAAGGAUCGUAAGGCCCUUCAACUUCUAGGGGCACUAGCGCGGACUCUCAGCCUGGAUAACACCAAGGCAGCCCUCGCUAGAUGUGAGAUAAGAAAAAAGGAGAAAAGAUACGGCAUGGUGGAAUCAACAUCUUCAUAUGACCUUAUGGGGUCGGUGACGUUACUUCUCCGAAUGGAAGAGCGCUGCAUUAAAUGUAGAGUUCUACGCAAUUGGGAGUCGCGAGCGCUCAGAGUAUUGGCGGAGAAGGCUCUGGGCGGGGCGCUGCUCGCCGACGCAACUCUGGAGUGGGCGGAUGGAUCCUGCGUGGAUGGAUGCGCGAGUGUGGCAUCGGUGGUGGAAUCGGCACCAUCCUUCGCGCGCAAUAUACGUGAUGGAUUUCUGGAGAUUGAAAUAUGGACACUGACACAACCGAAACCAUCAUACCACAACUCUCGCAAGCUUGCUAAAAAGCUUACAGUGGAUGAACAGCUGGCUCGGCUUUACGCGCCAACACGAGACGCGACGGAACAACAGCGAGAGUUGGGCAUGCGAGGAACAUUGCCGAGUGGACGGCGUCGUGGAUCCGGCGACACAGACGAUACUCAGGAAGCCGACUUUGAGGGCUGGGAACGAUUUGAGUCUGCGUUGGCCCUUGGCGGAUCGACAGCCGAAGAGCGGUUGGAAACCAGACUAUUUCCUGUAGUGCAUUCGUUGAGUGCACGCCUUUGGUUCGACUUCACGGAGCCUCGAGCACGCGACGUAAGCUGGGUGCGUUCAUUCGAAACGGGCAUCACGGAAGCCGUGCGAUUGGCUAUGCGAGCAUAUACGCAGCGUCUACAGCGCGUAGAGGGGAAAUUGAAGCAGAAUGGAUUCAAACUUGAUCUCUUUUCGAACGGAACUACCAAAUGCGAAGAGCCUCGGGUGCUCGUCCUCGGUCUGCACGCAGGUGUUGCGGCACUUGUAGCAGCGGUGGCGGGAGCAAAGGUUGUAUGGAUUGAGCGUGUGCGGCGUCACGCAGAGGUGGCGAAGCGAAUAAUUGCAGCAAAUAAUAUGGAAGACCGGGUUGAAAUCGCCACAGCGGCAGGAGGUGCCCCGUAUACGUCUCUUAGCCUCAAGUCGAAGCGUGGAGCGGGCUUUGAUGUUGUUGUGACCGAAUUUUUCGAUGCUAACAAGGCAGACGGGGGGCUCACCGAGCUUGCUAUGGCCGCGUAUGAGCACCAAUGGCUCCGACCCAAGAGUGGCGUAUUUCUACCACGACGCGUCAUCUACAAAGUCGCCGCGGCUGAGUUAAGCACGAAAAGUUCAAAGGCGUUCAAUGGGCUGGACCUUCAGCUUUUCGAUCGUUUUCGCGAUGCGCAUCGGGCUACUUAUGAUCUCAUCGAUGAGCUCGGGGCAGAUGCUCACCAUGCUCUCCUUAGUGCAUCAACCUCCAUUUUUGUUAGUGAAGUUUCUGGGGUUGCGCUCCUGGGAGACUCGUCAAAGGCACCACCUGCGAAUCGAAUCGUGUCAAGGCGCACGGCGCAUCGUGCUGGUUCGCUGACAGCCGUUGUUGGUUGGCAUAGAAUUGUCUUCUCUGAGAGUGUAUCAACAGGCUUCGGACCCGUAGACGUGUCUCGAAAUCUGAAACCAUUUUGUAGGGAUGGUGUUCUACGGCCGUGGUUACAGAACUGUGAACAGGUUGACCGUGCUCUCAAGCAGACGGUGCGAUAUCUCAGGACCCCGCGACUUGUGGAAGCCGGAGACAUCCUCGAACUUAUACUUGUCCUUGAUCAUUCGAAGGUGCUGAUAGACCUUGAGGCGGCUAUUGUGCCUCCAACCGGCGAGCUCGGUUGCAGCAUGCUCCGGAAGCCGACCCUUGCGCUCAAUCUGAUUGGGAAUUUGACCUUUGCGACAAGACCGCUACUUCCAUACCACUGGCCUAUGAUUGCAGAUGAGCAACGGAACGCAUGCUACAACUGCGCUCUGAAAUUGGCCAUCAAUCGAAUUCUUGAAACCCAGAGCACCUGUGAUGUUCUUGACAUCGGUGCCGGCAGCGGUCUACUUGCAAUGAUGGCAGCACGAGCUGGCGCAACGAGCGUCACGAGCGUGGAGAUGGUCCCUGCACUCGCAGAGGCAUCGGCGACAAUAAUAGCCGCAAAUGGCUUUGGAGAUGUAGUUCGUGUCCUUGCACGCAAGUCCAAUGACAUAUCUGUCUCAAACACCACCACGACUCGCCGUUCUCUUGCUGAAACCCGCCGCGACGCUCCAUUCCAACGGCAGGCAUUCCUCCUGAGGAAGGUUGACAUUCUUGUCUCAGAAAUUCUCGACAACGGGCUUCUUGGUGAGGGUGUGGUACCCACAACCCAAGAUGCACGUACGCGCCUCCUAAAGCCCGGUGGUGUUAUCAUUCCCCGCGCCGCAGCUCUUUACGCGAUUCUAAUCGAAUACAAGGUCCCUCCCACUCCAUUAUAUGGCUUCGAUCGAACCGAUCUAGAGGUCUUCUAUACCGACGCUUCUGCCGGAACAGCAGCUCCCGCGAAGUCAAUAAUGCUACAACGCCACGCUCACAAAAAAUUGUCCACGCCCGUUAAGCUGUUUGACUUCGACUUCUACUCCGCCUCUUUCGAGGAGAACAUUACUGCCGCGGAGGUGGCCCGCGAAAUAACUGUCAUGCAAACUGGCACCCUCACCUGUGUGUGUUUGUUUUUUGAUCUUGAUCUCUAUGCGGGGGCGCCAAAGUUCUCUACAUCUCCAAACAAUCCAAACCUCGUUGCUUGGGACCAGACCCUCCGAUACCUCCCCAUCCAGCUUGGUGUUCACAGGGGGCAGGUGCUCAAGCUCACUGCUAAUCACGACAACCUCCACGUACACGUCGGACUCCCAAGCGUGGAUGGCUGUGUCCUCGGCUUGGGCCACAGGGAACUCCUGAACAAGCGCACCACCCAUGAGCCCGCGUGA